UAUGCAGUAAAAUAUCACUGUUUACUGUUUUUACUUUGUUUUUGUUCAUUUGAAAAAAAUAAAGUCUUUUAUAUUACUGUUUGAUGGACGCCGUUCGGAAAUGUCCCCAUUAGUGCCACUGUACUUUAUUUGUAACAAAGGUUUACGGCAGCGUUGGUGUUCUUUGUCAUAUAUUUUGCAUCAUCUGGGGUCGAGUACUCCGUUCAGGUAAAACACAGCGCUGACGCAGACGAGAUGGGUCGUUUCCUAAAUGUUCUUCGGAGCUGGCUCGUGAUGGUCUCGAUCAUCGCGAUGGGCAACACUGUGCAGAGCUUCAGAGAUCAUAGCUUCCUGUCCGAGAAACUUUACACUGGCACGCCUGAGUUUGUCAACGGUCUUCAAGCUCGGACAUUUGGCAUUUGGACGUUGCUGUCAUCCAUCAUUCGCUGCGCUUGUGCCAUUGAUAUACAGAACCGAACGUUAUAUCACAUCACUUUGUGGACAUUUGUGCUGGCGCUCGGUCAUUUUCUGUCCGAGGCCUUCAUCUACAAAACUGCACCCGUCACCAUCGGUGUCAUGGCACCUCUCAUUGUGGCCAGUUUCUCCAUUGUAGCGAUGCUGAUGGGUUUCCAGUGUUUUCCAGAGACUCCAGAUGAAGCGGGAGCACACCCGAAAAAACGGAACUGAACGUCCCCUCGUGUCAGAGUCCACUAGACGUGUUUAGAUUGAUUGUGGUCUGCUGCUUCCCAUUUUGUCAUUUUUUUAGUAUUUCCUACUGACUCAAGCUUUCUCAGAGCUCUACGUGUGAAUUCUCAUGCUCUCAACGUGUCAUAAAGUUGGAAAAUACAAGAUUUGUU